AUGUCGAAUCUCCCAGUUGAGACGGCGGAGCCUGAACCAGCGGCUACCUCCAUUGGGAACGACCAGGUUGUGAACAAGGAGGGAGGUGAUGCUUCAGCCCCUACGGAAGUUGCUGCCGCGAAGACCGAGACUGAGACUGAGAAAUCCAAUGGCGCACAUGAAACUGAAAAGGUCGAGAAAACCGAGCAAUCUGGAAAGACCGGUGAAGACACUCAGGCAAAUGAACAGCGCAACAGCGAUGGCUCGCCAAAGACCAAAGGCGGCGAAAGCAAUGGCCGCUCAAACAACAAGCGUGAGAACAACGAUCGGCCAUUCCAGAAACGUGAAAACCACAGCAAAUACGAUCCCUCUAUCCUCCCAGCUGACAGUGAUCCAAAGUUGAUUCGCGCCCAGGUUGAAUUCUACUUCGGCGAUGCCAAUCUACCAACUGAUAAGUUCAUGUGGGAGCAGACCGAUGGCACCGAGAACAAGCCAAUCCCAGUUAAGGAUAUCUGCAAGUUUGGACGUAUGAAGCGAUUCACCUCCGAGCGGGAAGUUGUAGCUGCCCUGAAAGAGAGUGCUUUUCUUGUGGUUAGCGGUGAAGAAGGGGAGGAGACUGUCAAGCGCAAAAUUCCUUACGAUCCCACCUUCCCUCGAAGCAGGGUUGAAUCCAGAUCUGUCUACGCCAAAGGUUUUGGCGAGGAAGAACCCAGCUCUCAAUUCGACAUCGAGGCCCUGUUCGCUCCUUACGGUCCUACCAAUGCUGUCCGUCUUCGCCGCGCCGAUGACAAGCUUUUCAAAGGCUCUGUCUUCGUUGAAUUCCAGGACGAUGAGACUGCUGAGAAGUUCCUUGCGCUUGAUCCUAAGCCCCUCUGGAAGGGCAAGGAAUUGUCCUUCAUGUCUAAGAGAGACUAUGUAGCACAAAAGACCAAGGAUAUCAAGGAUGGCAAGAUUCAGCCUAAGGAGUCUUGGGCACCUAGACCAUUCCGUGGUGGAUCCAACAACGUUCGUGGCCGAGGGGGCAACCGCGGUAAGAAUGAUAGAGAUCAUGGUCGCGACCGAGGCGAUCGCGAUCCAAAUGACUGGAAGAAGAGACGUGAAGACGACCAGGCAUCCGGAUUCAAGGAUCGACGCAAUGGCAAUGGCAGAGACCGUGAUAACAAGAACCGCCGUGGACGGCGUGGCGACCGUAAUGACAGAGGGCCCCAGGACAGAAACCGUGAGCGUAAUGGGGAUGGUAACGAGACCAAGACUGAAGAGGUCGAGAGCAAGGAGGCUCCCGCCAAUGCCGCCAAAACAGCAGAGUCUACCUCAAACGAUAAGAAGCGUGCCCGUGAAGAUGAUGGUGCAGCGGAAGCCCCAUCUCCAAAGAAAGUUGACGUCAAGGCAGAUGUCUCUGCUGAAGUUUGA